AAUGACUGAGAAUACUACAACAACAAAUGUAAAUUGGGCAGAAAUAUCAGAUGAUGAAGAUUAAGUUUAACCUAUUGUUGAGAAAGCUCCAGAAUAAGAAAUUAAGCCAGCUGCUCAACCAUCCGAAUAAAAUAAGGAAUUCAAGAAAUAAACAAAAAAGCCUUAUCACAAAAAUAAUAAGCCAGAAUGGAUGAGAUUAAAGGAAUUGCAAAAGAAAUAAGCAGAAUAAAUACAAAAAGAGUAAUAAGCAGCAUUAGAGGCAAGAAGAAUUAAACCAAGUGUAAUAAUGAAUUGAUAUUCUUAGAAAAACAAUUUCUAAGGUUUGAUGUAUAAUAGUGAUGAUGAAAACGAAUAAUAGGAAUAAGAGGGAUAAAAACCUUAAGAGGAAGUUGUUACAGAAUAAACAUCAGAAUAGUAAACAGAGUAAAAAUAAGAAUAAGUAGACUAAUAUCAAAGUAAUAAUUUGUAUUUAAUUAUGAAGUAUUAAAAUAAAAACAACAAUAAGAAGAAAAAUAACAAUAACCAAAGAAAAAGGAAUAAAAAAAGAAAGAAACUGAAGAUUUAGAUGCAAUAUUAAAUGAAUUAGGAUUUACUUAAAAAGAAGAUGUUAAAGAUGAUGGUGCUUAAGAAAAGAAGAAAAAAAAGAAAAAUAAAAAUAAAGAAAUUACACCUGCAGAAAAAUAACCAGAAUAAACUUAGUAAUAACAAUAAUAAGUUUAAUAAUAAAGUGAAUAAACAACUAACAACAAUGAAAAAGUUGAUAUUAAAAAGGUUUUAGCAGAAAAGGCUAAAAAACAUCAAACUGGUACACAUUAAGUUGAUAAAGUAUAUUGAAUAUAAUAUUCUAGGAUUUAGAGAGAGUUAAAUCAGAAAUUGAAAAGAGAAACUAAAAGUCUAAAAAGAAUAAGAAAUAAGAUUUAGAUCUUUGAAA